UGUCACCACGUUCUUGAAAAAUAAUAUAUUUUCCAGAUUUGGAACCCCUAGGGCCAUUAUUAGUGAUUGGGGAUCCCACUAUUGCAACAAGUUGUUCAAAGGUUUAUUAAAGAAAUAUGGGGUCGCCACAAUGUAGCCACUCCCUAUCAUCCACAGACUAGUGGCCAAGUCGAGGUGUCAAACAGAGAAAUCAAGCAAAUUCUGGUGGAAACGGUGAAUGCUAGUCGAACGGAUUGGUCAAGGAGUUUUGAUGAUGCUCUUUGGGCAUACAAGACAGCAUACAAGACUCCCAUAGGUAUGUCUCGUUACCAACUUGUAUAUGAAAAGAUUUGUCACUUACCACUUGAGUUAGAGCACAAGGUCAUGUAGACGAUGAAGGAACAGAAGAUGGAUUGGAAUGAAGUUGCGGAACAGAGAUUAAAUGGGUUGAAUGAUCUUGAUAAGUUUCUCUUGAAGGUGUAUGAAAGUUCAGCCCUCUACGAAUAAAAGAUGAAGAAGUACCAUAACCAAAAGAUUGAAAAGCGCAAAGUUGCGGUUGGAGAUUUGGUGCUUUUGUUCAACUCUAGGUUGCACUUGUUUCCAGGAAAACUCAAGUCCAAAUGGACUGGUCUAUUCUUGAUCACUCAAGUGUUCCCUCAUGGUGUGGUUGAGUUGGAGAACAAUGAGGGUGCACGGUUCAAGGUAAAUGGGCAAAGAAUCAAAAUCUACCUUGGGCAUGCGCUGAAUGCGAAUGAAGUGGUUGAGGCAUACCAUCUUGAUGAAGCCUAAGUAAUCAAGAAUCUUACGUCAUGCCGCGACGUUGAAUCAAGCGCUGAUUAGGAGGCAACCCGAUAUGUAUCUUAAAGCCAACACUAGGUUUUUCUUGUCUUAGUAGGAAUAGUCUCAUUAUCUUGAUUUUGACUUAUUGUCAUGUUUAAAUUUUCUUUUGUUUCUUUUAAGUCUGUUAAAUAGAGAGUAGUUUAGGUUCUGUGUCUAAAAAGUGUCUAAAAAACACAAAAAGAAUGACUUAUUGGGUGCUAAAUGUGCAGGGACCAAAUCACCAUAAAUCUGCAGAAAUUGGUCUGGUGCACUGAUUGACGAACCAAUCGACGGGUUGUCGUCCCAUUGACGGACCGUCGAUGAGGUUCGUGGAUCCUACUUUGUUUUUCUAUAUUGUUUAAGUUAGUGCAUAAUUUAUGGAGCAGUCGAAGGAGCAUCGAUUAACUUAAGGUCCAUCAAUGGGGAAUCGUAAGUUUUCCAGAUCUAAGGACCCGAUCGGCUAUAUAAUGAAUUUACACUCUUCACUUACUUCCUUACCUUUUCAAAUUCUCCCCCCAACCGUUUCCCUCCCCAUAUUCCCUCACUCCCCCACUCUCUCACACACUAAUUCACCCCUUAAUCCUCUCUGAUUCAUAUUCUCUCAUGAUUGCCACAUUCCCAAAACCCUCAUUCCCCAAGUUCACAUCCUUUUAUUUCAUCUUUCCGAUCGUUAUUUGAAGGGGACUUAGUGUUGAUCAUUGCAAAGUUCACCCUUUCACUCACUCCACUACAGAAUAUAGGUACAAAUGGCCCUCAAGCCUGAUAUUAUCUACUCUCGAGGACGAUCCAAUUCUGUCGCCCCUUCAUGUCGGUUGGUGAUUUAUUCGUCGAACGAUGAGACUAAUCCCGAAUAUAUUCCACCAGGCACCCGGAUACCAACACCUGCUGCUAGUUCCACUCGGGCAUGCCUAAGAAGGUGGCAUCCGGUGUAGUCACUACGGCCCAGUCUGAUUUUUAGUGCACACUGACCGGCACACUGUUUGGGUCUGCUGCGGGUUAUGAGGGAGCGUCUGGUCCCGAAUAGGCUAUCGGGUCUGAGUCGGCCCACUCAGUAGGAUUGGAUGGUGCCACUGUUUCCACUGCACCUGCCCAUUCUACCUCAUCUGAUGAGGCUGAUAGUGCGGAUUCUUCUCUAACAACCCAGUUUGACGUCCCUGUACCGGUUGCUGAUCAGCCCAACAAGUGGUGCGUAGAAAGCCAAUACCAGGUUUACAUAGAUGCUAAGCUGCUCAAUGAUAAGGGGGGUCAUAACUCGGAAACUAACAGUCAAGCGACGGAUUCUUACAGGGAGUCUCCACACGGUCCCUGCUAUAAUGAUCUCUUCACCCCCCAUCAGCUCGAGUGGAUGGCUAGGAGCGUGGGACACUACAGUGAGGAGUUGGUGCGAGAGUUCUACGCUUCUUACGUAGCGACUCUCCGGGCUUCUUUUGAUAGGUGGUCUAAUCCCGCCAAACAUUCACCACUUACCAAUGUUUGAGUCCAUGGCCGCGGGGUAUAUAUAUCUUUGCCCACCAUUCAUCAUUUCUUAUACGGUGCUAAUAUAGAUCUCACCAGGGACCUCUCACCCCCUAGUUUGACUAUCGUUGGAAAUUGAUUAACGAGGACCAUUUCCAGUGAGAUAAGAUUUUGAGAGAGACCACCAAGAGUUGGAUAGCCUAGCACAUUUCAUUGGAUCGUGAGGGUGCAGAUUGGGUGCUGAAGCCCAGAGGCCUUAUCAAGAAGGCCAACCUCAUAUUUGCUGCCAAGUCCAUCUGGAUAUUGGUCCACCACUACCUAUCACCCAUAGGCGCUGACAACAUUAUUACAUGGGAUAGAGCAGUCUUGGUUGUUGCUAUGGUUGCGGGGUUCGAGGUUGAUUUUUCGAGGUUGUUGCUGGCAGGCAUCCAUGAGAGGGCCUUUAAGGCCGCGACCACUUACCCCUUUCCCCAUAUGAUUUUUGAGUUGUGUAGGUCUGCUGGAGUGCCCAUUUGGCACAUUUAUGUUCUCAAGACCCCUUCUGGGACAGUGGACAUCGGUCUCAUCCGAGAUGAGGCCAAUGAGAUGGCACCCAACAGAGGGCCCAUAAUAGAGGUGCAGGCGCUAGGUGAGAACUUGGCAAACACGGUUGAGCAAGACCAAGGGGUUGAUAAGGCUACAUCAGAUCCUACCAACACCACCCCAUUUGAGUCUAUCCCAGGCACUAGUAGAGCUCCGAGUUCCUCCCGAUCUACACCAUCAGUAGCACUGGUCCCGAUUGCUAGGGUCAAAAAGUUAGAGGCCUAGAUGGCCAUAUUGUUGCAUCAUAUCCAGCCUUGGAUGCAGAGGUCCAUUGCUGAGGUGGAGGAUCGGAUCGAGAAAAAGAUUGCCCAGCAGACUGAGAGAAAGAUUCUGGCGCUCCACCAGCGCCUUGAUGCAUUCGAGUUUAGAGUUCUCGCCCGGCCAGCCCAUACUAUUGAUUUGACUAAUCUUCAGGCUACUAUGGCGAGUCUGAGGGCUGAUGUGGAUGUCAUUCUAGAUGUGUGGGUGCCUGAGCCCAAGGUCACACAUGUAGAGCUUGCUCAGGAUACAAUGCUUAGUGAGCGUGCCAAGAGGCACCAAUCCAGAGAGACUGAUGAGGCUCAGGCUAGGAAUAAGGAGUGCACUAAGUUUGAGGCCUCGAGGAGAGAUUCUUUGGCAGAUGAGGAGGCCCGGUAUAUGAAAGCUCGUGAGUUGGUUGCUGGGGUGUCUAUCUCAAGGCUUGAGGAUGUUGACAGAAGCACCACAGAGGGUGCAAAUGUUGUUGCAGACACUACUGAGGGUGUCCUUACUACUGAUGGAUUGGGUUCUGUACAACCGGAUCCGCCUGCUUUUUUAUCUUUGGAGCUAUGCGCCUUAUUUAUUAUAUUUGUUAUACAUUGGGGACAAUUGCAAGAUUUUUUUUGGGUGGGCUCAAUGUAAAGUGAGUGUUAGGGUGAAGUCUGAGAAGACCAACUCACGAUCCUCUCUUGGGGUUUCCUGCCUGUGUUCUUUUGCCCCAAGAGAUUGGUUAUUUUACUGUUAAACCGGCCUGUUUAGUAUUUUUUACAAAGUUUUGAAUAUGAAAUCUAAAGCAUGACGGCUCAAUACAAUGAUAUCUCAUUUUGAGAAGAAUGUUUGCAUGAUUAAUCAUAGUGAAUGUGAAAGUGUUGGCUCUAAGCAUGACAUAGAGAUACACCAUUGCAUCACCCUCAAUCUAAACAUGAACUAGGUGUGCGAUAAUUAGGUAGGGUAAUGAGUUGUUAAGAGAGUGUGAGGAAAGUUGCAUAGUCCACGGUUGGUACCUAGCCAGAAUUUGCCCAGUUAGUCCUGCAAAAGUAAUCUGUGUUAGUCAAUUAGGAAAGGAUCAUAGGCCCGUGUUCAAGUUAGCCAAUUUUUAGCCUAAAUGAAAGAAAACCAAAUGAAAUUUAUCCCUGUUUGGUCCAAAUAUCUUGAGCUUACAAUAAACCUUUCUUUUCUACCCUAACAAAUUUUUUCUGUAUAUAAUGUGUUGGCCCCGGUCCCUCCUUGGACAUGUGCACCUCGACUUAGGCCAAAAGCAUAAGUUGAGGGUAGAUAAUGCAGAAACCAAUCUCGUCUUGGCCCUGACCCAACCUUGGGUAUUGUGUACCUUGACUCAUGGCAAAUCCAUGAGUUGGCUAUUAUGAGUUAUGUUCCGAAAAGUGGGGUUGAGAAUAUUAUUUUUAAAAAAAAAGAAUGAAGAAGAUAAGUGACUCAAUUAAAGCAGAAAUCAAGUGAAGAAUUUGAAAGGAAAAUAUAAAAUUAAAAUUAAAAAUAAAAGAAUAGUCAUUUGCACAAGAGAAGGAAGAAUGGGGCAUAAUAGACAAUGAAAGAGGUAGGACGCUUAGCUGUAAUGUCAAGGAUGACAACAAGUCACUAAAAUAUAUAUAUAUAUAUAUAUAUAUAUAUAUAUAUAUAUAUAUGUACCAUACCUGAC